AUGAGAGAUUACAUUUUUCUCGGAAUAAUUCCAGCAUACAAGGCACGCCACCGUAAUGUCCAAGGCUUCAAAUCCAACGGGCACAAAAUCCAGUUUAGAAAUUGCGAUGCCAAUCCGAACAGCUAUUUUGCAUUCUUUCCAAACCACAAUAUGCAAACUCAAAGUAACUACUGGGCCAAAUGUGGUUUUGAAACUCGCUAUGUGGCUGUAGAUUGGCGCUCCAAGGCAGUUCCCAUCACCAAUCCUGUUCGCACCAUGCCGAACGAGUUCUUUUUCUUGACAGAGCUGCAUUUUGGUGGUUGUGGUACCCACACCUCCAGUAACCGUUGGUUCAAGUUUGGCUUUCAAGCCACCGCCAUUGGAAUUCGCUAA